AUGGAAGCUUGUGUAGGAAACGAGCAAGACAUAAGGAGAAGAACAAGAAGAAGAAAUGGACGACCACCACCUACCACCGCCGUGUUCUUCUGGGGAAUCUUGAUCUUCGCUCAGUUUGGUUUUUCUUCAUCAGCUCUUUUUGCAACUCCUUCACUACCGAGAAAAGCUGAUCCUUUCCAUGAAAUGGCGUCGUUUCAAGCUCCCAAAGCUUCAGUGUCGUUCACGGGUCAACGUCGAGAAGAAGAAAACAGAGAUGACGUUUAUAAAGACGACAAGAGAUUAGUUCACACAGGUCCAAAUCCUCUUCACAACUGAAACACUAUUUAGCAACACGUGUCUCUUCGAGCUCCAAGAAACUGCCAUGAGAUUCUUCAAUCUCUAUAGCUACUUUAGUAUAAUUUUAUGUUUUAGUCAUAAUGAGAUGUGGAUCAUUAUCCUUAGCCUUGUAUAAUUUCUGUGAGGCUAAGAGUCAAUGAUCUUGUUUCUCUGUUGUUGUUGUAACUCUUGCUUCAAUGCCUACCAUCGAGAUCCAUGAAUUAUUGAUAAUAGUUUUGUAUUUAUUUAAUUAAAUCAGUAUGUUUUCGGAAUUUGUAAUUUUUUUAUAUACUAAUAUUGUAAGAAGGAAAAAAAUGGUUGAAGAUUCGAAUGCAUGGUUUUCUUCGAA